CGGAGGGCCGGGCUGGAGGCGAGGAACGGGCACCGCCGGGCCGGCCUGCUGCGCGUGUGGAGCCUGGCCGGGCCUGGAGGUGCCCCCCCGACAGCUCCGGGCUUUGUGGGCUGCGGGGCGGCCGGGCCGCGUCCCGCACUGCGCCUCGCUGCUCUGCUUGGCCGUGGGAGCCCGGGCUGCGUUUUCCGAGGCCGGGCGGGCCGCGAGCCGCCGUGAGCCGCUGUGCCUCCGCUGCCGCCUCCCUGCGGAGCCGCGCUCUGCUCCCCACUGCACCCUUCUUUCCGCUCGCGGAGCUCCGUGCUGUCAGAAAUAGCCUUAGUUAACUGCAGCGGGGCUGGAAGUUGCCGUGUGCUUGUUCUUACACCGCAGUUGACCUUUGAUUUACAGCUGAUUCUUGCUUAACGGUUGAUUCUGUUUAUUUACAUAGGCUGACCCUCAUCUGAAAAGCAAGCUUUCCUUUUCGGUCUCCACCACCUCUCUGUUAGUCUGUACAGAGGGUUUUGUGUUGUUGGAGAGCUGGGAUAUCACAAAGCUCCUCGUGCUGGAGGUGCUGCUCCUGGCCCCGUGUCUUCUCAUUGCAGCUCUCUUUGAUAGCUGGAGCUCUGCAUAUUUCUCACUUAAGAGUUGAAAGAAGCAACGAGCUUUCAGCUGGAUUGGGUUACACUUAAGGAAAAGUGGGGAAAAAAAAACCAAACGUGCUUAUUCCUCCUUAAAGGGUUUGUUACUCCUCACCAAAGAGGGUAAGCUGCUUCAAAGCUGCUGAACUUUCCCUUUAUUUGUAUUGCCAUCAAUUGAUAAUCUGAGCAGGGAACGUGGGCUGUGUGUACUGCCCUAGGGAGCUGUGAGGGACCUGACUGUGCCUUGGUCUGUAACAUCGGGCAGCAGUGUGCUGCAAACUUCUGCUGCUGAUGAAAUUUAGGCAAGUGGCUGCAGGAUAUUUGCUUCUGUAGGCAGAAAAAAAGGAUCUUAAUGAUUCUCCGUAACAGCUGUUACCUGCCAAAUAAAAACUCUGAGGCCACCCAAUCCAUGAGCGGGCAUCGGAACCUCAAGAGGCGAUGCGGGGAGUCGCACCUGGAAUCCCCUGCAGGCUGUGCCCACGGUCCUGCUGCUGCCUGUGUGCUAAGCAAGCUAGUUCAGUUGCCUACACCUCCCUUGUCAAAGCACCAGCUGAAACGGUUAGAAGAACACAAAUAUCAGAGUGCUGGACGGUCGCUGCUUGAACCUCUAAUGCAAGGUUACUGGGAAUGGUUAGUUGGAAGAGUUCCAGCCUGGAUUGCCCCAAAUCUGAUCACCAUCAUCGGACUGUUAAUAAAUAUAUUCACAACCCUGCUAUUAGUAUACUACUGUCCAACAGCUACAGAGCAGGCACCUCCCUGGGCGUACAUUGCCUGUGCUUGUGGCCUUUUCAUCUACCAGUCUCUGGAUGCUAUAGAUGGGAAGCAGGCAAGGAGGACAAACAGCAGCACUCCUCUGGGAGAACUUUUUGAUCAUGGCUGUGAUUCGCUUUCCACAGUCUUUGUGGUUUUGGGAACUUGUAUUGCUGUGCAGCUGGGGACGAACCCUGACUGGAUGUUCUUUUGUUGUUUUGCUGGGACAUUCAUGUUUUACUGCGCGCACUGGCAGACGUACGUCUCUGGGACGCUGCGCUUUGGCAUAAUUGAUGUGACUGAAGUGCAAAUCUUCAUAAUAAUCAUGCAUUUACUGGCAGUGAUUGGAGGACCACCUUUUUGGCAAUCUCUGAUCCCAAUAAUGAAUAUUCAGGUGAAAAUAUUCCCAGCUCUCUGUACCGUCGCAGGAACCAUAUUUUCCUGUACAAACUACUUUGGCGUCAUCUUCACAGGUGGAGUUGGCAAAAAUGGAUCCACCAUAGCAGGAACCAGCGUCCUUUCACCUUUCCUUCAUAUUGGGUCAGUGAUUGCACUCGCUGCCAUGAUCUACAAGAAAUCUGCUGUGCAGCUGUUUGAAAAGCACCCCUGCCUGUAUAUACUUACUUUCGGUUUUGUAUCUGCUAAGAUAACAAACAAACUCGUGGUUGCACACAUGACCAAAAGUGAAAUGCACCUGCACGAUACAGCUUUCAUAGGCCCGGCUCUGUUGUUUCUGGACCAGUAUUUUAACAGCUUUAUUGAUGAGUAUAUUGUACUCUGGAUUGCCCUGAUCUUUUCCCUCUUUGAUUUGCUCCGAUACUGUGUGAGUGUAUGCAACCAGAUUGCUGCCCAUCUGCACAUCCACGUGUUCCGAAUCAAGUCCUCUUCCACUCAUUCUAAUCACCAUUAAUAAACGGGGAGCCACCAUGGAGGAAAACAGGAAAGGAGUUGGUUUUCUACAUGAGGAGGGCAAGAUGUGUUGGAGACUAAGGCAAAAAGCUGAAAGGAACAAAAUCUGUGGUCAUCAAUGUUGUAUAACUCUUACUCUUUGUUAUCAGUAACACUCCUUAACUAGUCUCCUGCCUGAGAGAGUGAAUUCCAAGCACACCCUUAGUCAGCUCUACAUGUAGUCAACUCUGUUGGUUCCGAGCCCAGGAAAGCAUGCAGAGAGCAUUGCUCUCUUUGUAAUUACUUUGAUUACAGAAUAAUCUAUGUAUGGUGAAUGGAUCCCCAACAACUGAAGUUUCUAAUGUAGUAUAAUUACAGCUGCAAUACGACUUGCUUUUAAUUUUAAUAUUUCGUCAUCUCUUAGUGAAAUACUUGUUUAGUGUCCACUUGAAAUUCAUUUACUAAAGACCUGAGCUGGUAACAGCAGAUAUCUCACUAACUUGUGUGGCUGAAGCAGCUGUUGAGGCUUGAGUCCAGGCUGAUGCGGUUCAUUUGCUGCAGCAUUGCUGAUAGAAGUGGUUUCUUGGCUGGAGAAUACAGAGCAGGGAUCUGCAGGAGGAAGGGAUGAGCAGCAUGCAAAAUAGUGUGGUAUCUUUGUCAAUUAAUUUUAUUUUUUUAAAUAAACGUGAUCUAAAAGACAACUUACUGCUCAAUUUUCUUCAGUGGGAAAAACUUUAAAAAGAAGAUUUUACUGUUUCCUUUUUUUUAUGUAUGGAACUUAAGCAAAAUUUCCUUUCUGCUCUUAAUAAAUAAGGAUUCUGAGAGCA